GGAAAAAUCGCUCGCCGUCAACACCUAAUCCUGUUUCCGUUGCCUGAGCUCCAGCAGGAGCAGGAAAGAGAAGAAGAGGAAAAUCGGAAAUGAUGAAUUCCAUUUCCGGGCUUUCGAUGUAUCGUUCUCUUUGCUUUUUCGCUUCUUUUAAUCCGAAUCCCCUCAAAUGUCCACUAAUUUCUCUCCGGCGGCACUUGUCGACCUACUCCCUUCGUCCGCCUAGGUCAGAGUUGUCGUUCACAGUAGGAACCCACCUUAUUCCUCAUCCAGCGAAGGCUCAUACUGGUGGUGAGGAUGCCUUCUUCGUGAGCAGAAGCAAUGGGGGUGUUCUGGCCAUUGCAGAUGGUGUUUCCGGUUGGGCAGAACGGGGAGUCAAUCCCGCGCUGUUUUCCCGGGAGUUGAUGGCUAAUGCUUCUAAUUUUGUCAUGGAUGAGGAGAUCAACUGUAAUCCUCAAUUGCUCUUGAUGAAGGCUCAUGCUGCAACUUCCUCUACUGGAUCGGCUACAGCGAUUGUUGCCAUGCUGGAAAAGAAUGGAGUUCUUAACAUUGCAAGUGUUGGAGAUUGUGGUCUCCGUAUUUUUCGGAAAGGACUAUUAGUCUUCUCUACAAGUCCACAAGAACACUAUUUUAACUGUCCUUACCAGUUGAGCUCUGAGAAGGCUGGCCAAACAUAUCACGAUGCCAUGGUCUGCAGUGUAAAAUUACUCGAAGGGGAUACUAUAGUCAUGGGAUCUGAUGGAUUUUUUGAUAAUGUGUAUGACCAUGAAAUUGUUGCCAUAAUUUCACAAUUUAAAGAUGCUGCAGAUGAUGCAAAGAUACUAGCAGAUCUAGCAAGCACACAUUCCACAGAUGCGAACUACGAUUCACCAUACUCAUUUGAAGCCAGAAGUAGGGGGUAUGAUAUUCCACUCUGGAGGAAGGUUCUUGGUCAGAAACUAACAGGUGGUAAACCAGACGAUAUUACUGUUAUUGUUGGUCGCGUUCAAAACUCAUGAGUUGCACAGAUGUUAUUUGGAGGAAUUCUAUGCAGAGGAAUCGCUUUAGAUCUCAUUCAAUUGAUUUUGUAGAUUUGUGUAAAUUUUAAUUAUUCCAUGUCAUUAGAACUACAAUUGUCAUGAAAUGCAAAAUUGCACUCGCAACCAUUAUUUGAAGGACAACAAGAACUACUCAUUUAAUUUCCAGU